CGAAUCCGAGAACAACAACCGCACCACGAAGCGCAAUCAGAAAAACCAAAACCCAUACCAUCCACUUCGAAAAGCACCUGUCCAUCCAACAAAAACCAACGACACGCGUUCUGCUUCCGUUUCGUUGUUCGCAACCCCCACCACAUUCGUUUCGUUUCGUUUCGUUUCGAUACGAAUCGAGCCGCCGCACAAGGAAAAAACCGCAGAGCCCAACGAAAAAAAGCCAUCCAUGUCGUCGCCGCCGUCGUCGCUGGCGGUAGUACGCUCCGCCGCCGAUCUCGGAGAGCAGUGUGCAGGGUCGGCCGCCUCCGCCGCCGUCCUCCUCUUUGGUGCCGACUGGCACGAGGCCUGCCCGAUGCUCGAGACGGUCCUGGGGGCCCUCGCCCCCAGCUACCGUCCCGACAGCAGCAGCAGCAGCAGCGGCGCUGCCAGCAUGCUCUUUGGAACGGUCGACGCCGAGGCCGCCGCGGACCUGUCCGAGUCGUACGGGGUGACCAUGGUCCCCACGGUUCUGCUCCUGCUCCCCUCGGGAAGCGGGGCCUUUGGCGUGGUUUCGGAGCGCCUCGAGGGAGAAGACCUGGCGAACCCCUCGGCCCUCACCCUGGCCGUCCAGCGCCUCGCCAAGGCGGCCUCGGCGGGGGGAGGCACCGGCAGCGGAGGCGCUCCGCCCGCUCUCACCGAGACCACCGGCAGCGGAGCGGCGCUUGGCCCCGGGGAGGACCUGGACGCCCGCCUCGAAAAGCUCGUCCGGAUGGACACGGUCGUCCUCUUCAUGAAGGGGACCCCCGACAAGCCCCGGUGCGGGUUUUCGAGGCAGGCCGUCGAGCUCCUGGCGGACCAAAAGAUUUCCACCUACGCCAGCUUUGACAUCCUGGCCGACGAGGCCGUCCGGCAGGGGCUCAAGAAGUACUCCGACUGGCCGACCUACCCGCAGAUCGUGAGUCUUCGUGUUCGUGUUUGUGUUUGUGUUUGUGUUGGUUCGAGCCGAUUCGACCGGGGGUGUGGCCGUCUUGCAUUGUUCUGUGCUUGAUUCCGUGACCUGCCAGGUGGUGUUUUGGAUUCCCUUGUGGACUUGCUCGUUUGCUCGGUACCGGUCUAUUGUUUGUCGUUUUCUCCCUUGCUUCUCACACGGUCUCACACGCUCGCCUUCGUUCUUCCGUGCCGCACCCACGCAUGCACCCACAGUACGUCCGGGGCGAGCUGAUGGGGGGCCUCGACAUUAUGAAGGAAACCGCCGCCGAGGGAUCCCUCCUGGACGACUGGGACCUCCGCGGCCCGGAAACCGAGGCCGGCGCAAGCGCUUCCGAGUCCCUGAACGACCGGCUGGCGGCCCUGGUCCGCCGGCACCCCGUGAUGCUCUUCAUGAAGGGCCUCCCGUCGAACCCCCGGUGCGGCUUUUCCCGGCAGAUCGUGGAGCUCCUGGACUCGAUCCAGGACGACGGCGGUGGGAUCUCGUACGACUCCUUUGACAUUCUCGGCGACGAUUCCGUCCGGCAGGGGCUCAAGGAAUUCAGCGACUGGCCGACCUUUCCGCAGCUCUACGUGAACGGGGACCUGAUCGGGGGCCUGGACAUCGUCCGGGAGCUGCACGAGUCGGGAGAACUGGUGGACACGCUCCGGGAGGGCCAAUAACGAGCAAACGAACGAACGAACGAGGCCGGCCAGCAACGGAAGGCGGAAGCGGCAGCAGCGGACGGGCGGGCCAAUGGAAGAUUUUCCCAACGGCAUCGGUUGCGCAUCUCGCAACACGACGAGAAACGCAAGUGCGCAUCCUAUUACUUUCUACAAAAAGCCUUUUUAUCACAUUGCGAGUAGUACACUACAAGAACAGUGCGUGAAUGAAAUAUUUUAUUGAUAGGUUGUAAUAUCCGGAUGCGACACCAGCCCUGGAAUGCAGAUAGUUGCCAUGUUGUGCGAGGCUGUGAAAUUGCACUCGUGAAUGCAUCGAUUGGUCUGUUUGGUGCCGUUCGGCACGAGCGAUCGGAUGGAUUUUGUAGAUCGAAGCGGUCUUGGUUUGCAUUCUCCGAGGAACACGCGGAACCUUUUGUUUUCAUCGUUUCUCGACCGAGAAACCUUCGAUAGCUCCUUCGGUUGCGUUGCGUUGCGUUUCGUUUCGUUCCGCUCCUUCCCCUCUCGUUCGAUGCGUUGGUAGCUAGCCCCGAGUUUGCCACGAUUCCUCGAGCGUGCUGGUUGUUUCGUUGGUUGCCGAUUCGAUUCGAUUCGAUUCUAUUCGACAACCUGGAACCGGUUCGCUCCCCCCGCGGGUGCCCUGGUCGAUCGGUCGGUCGGUCGGUUGGUUGGUUAGUUAAAUAGUUAGUUCCUUGAUUGGUUGCUUAGUCCCGCAGGCAGCAGACGCUCCCGCAGCAGCAAACGCAGACGCACAAGAGAAUGCCCAGCCCAAUGACCAGCCACACCCACCACAGGAGGUCCCCGUUGUCGUCCCGGGCCCAUUCCUGGUAGAGGCUGCGCCGCCCGCUCCUUGAGCCGCGCGUUGCGGAGGCCCGUGGAUCUGCGUUGCGGGCCUCGGUGUAGCCCGGGGACCGGUGGAGGUGGCGGCCGGUCCAUCCUUCCCGGUGCCGCUCCCGCUGCACACGCGCAAGCGCGCCGCCGGGCUCCCCCCGGAGGCUGCCGUCGGCGGCGGCGGGGGAAGCCAGCAGCAAGAGGAGGAGGAGGACCCAGAGCACCGAACGGAGCAAUGAUUUCAUGGUCCUUGUUGUUUCGUUGGUUGUUGGGUUGCUUGCUUGGUGCUUUUGAUGCAUUGGGUAGCUUGUCGUGAGAGCACUCCGGGGUGUUUGGGGGAACGGUUUUCCAGAUU